CGGGAUGGUAGUUGAGUUUUAGUGAGCCAGUGGUUUUCAACGUUAUUCCUUAUGUGAAUUGAAAAAGGAAUGCUCGAAAGCAAAAGGCGCGUUCCUCGUCACAUUAUAGAUAUAUGACGCAGAAGAGUCGGUAGACAACGUAUGCUGACACGGGAGAAGGACAGAUAGACUCAGGUAGGGUUGGGCUUUUUACCACUCAAGGAGCUCUGGACGAGUGGAAUAAUUGAAAUGGGAAUAACCAAGUAGCUCGGGAGUCUCGCUAGACAAGACGACGUUCCUUAUGUUGGAAUUUUUAACCGCGCGGUGAAAGUACGCGGGGAUGGAGUGAAGUUAUGGCAAAUUUUUAUUAUUAUACUCGAUCAGGUUAGGUUAGGUGGGGAUAGGGUGAGCGACCGAAUAAAACGUCCUAACUGGAAUGGAGGCUGCCUUUCUUUUGCACUUCAGUUUCCCCACCCUCGACUGACUUUCGUUUUGACUGCGACCUUGUGAAUUGUUUCUGUUGAAAAAACGGAGAAAGGAGCAGAAACGAGGAGACGAGAAUUCCGCGAAUGGUCUGGACCCAUUCGACGACGAUGACGACGAUGAUAAGCUUAGGGAAAUGGCCAAGCGGUUUGAGGCCAAAUACGGAACUGCGACUGCUGGCAGGAAGAGGCAUAAUAAAAUCGACGAUUAUGUGGAUUUGGGUGCUGGUUAUGAUGAGAAUGAUUCCUUCAUCGAUAAUACGGAUGCUUACGAUGAGAUCGUGCCCGAAGAGAUGACUACUGUUCUCGGGGGUUUCUACAUAAAUUGCGGAGCCCUCGAGUACAAGACUGCAGAGGGUCAGCCGCUUGUUCAUAACAAUAAUAACAAUAAUAAUAAUAACAUUCACGACGAGGAUGAGAGCAGCGAGAGCAGUGAGGAUGACGCUGAGGCAGCUGAGAGUCCUAAACGAACUGAAAAGCGCAUACUCAGUUCCACCGAGGAGGAUGAGACGGAGGACAUAAUCACUGUGGAUCAUCCUCGAAAGAAGCAAAAGUUGGAUGAGAACGUGGAUAAGAAAUCUAAUCACGAGGGUAUAGUUAAGAAAAAAAAGAAGCAAAAUCUCGAGCAGUCGCAGCAGCAGCCGCAACAACAGCAGCAGCUUGAUUUAGAUGCUUUGAACAGGCGAAAAAACGCCAUCGCACAAAAUUUGUCGAAGGAGAAACCUGAUGCUUCUGAGGGUGGUGGUGCAGACGAUCCCGAUCAGGAGAGGAAACGAGCCGAGAAGUCCGAGCUACAAAGAACCAAGUGCAUCACGGAUAAAAAGCCGGAUAUUAUGAAGAAAUUGGAAAAGAAGACUCUGGUUAAUGGGAUUGAUGGGAAAAAGUUAGAUCUGAAGAAGCUUGGCGGCAAGGAUAGCAACAUAGACGAUGCAAUCGAGAGUGUCGUUAAUGCCGGAAGGGUCGAGGACGAAUCUAGUCGAGAGACGUCGGAUUCAGGAAAGUCACGUGGAAUCGCUGGUACCGAGUCCGAGUGCGAUGAUGGCGAUAAGGAAGAAUCUAUACUCCCUGAGAGUCUUCCAGAAGAUCUCAAAGAUAUCGUUUAUAAACUCAAGCUUCACGCGAACAAUAAGGAAGGAAAAACGAAAUUUUUCAAUAGCACGGUCAACGCUUAUUUAUUUAGUCUCGAAGAGAAAUUACGCUCGCAAUGCUCGGCGAGCAUCCGGAUGCAAACUUACGAUCAUUUGGCGCACUUCCUGCCUUGCAGCAAAAACACCCUUGUAAAUCGGGCGAAAAAACUCCUCCAACAGGAGGUUGACUGUAAAGUGAAGGACGCCAUGCAGAGGUUAAAGACUGCGAUUGAUAGCGUGAUGCCAUCUGUUGUCGAGAGACAUAAUAAGGACUGUCAAAGAAUUGCUGAAGAGAAGGGAAUCGAAGGAUCACUUUCCGAUGCUGAGAGUACAGAUGCAGAGGAGAAUCCAAACAAGAAUUCAGAGAAAUUAAAAAUACCACGCAAACGAUUUCCAUGGACCGAAGAGACUAAAAAACUCGUGUACGAAAUUUCAAAGGCAAGACGACAAUACUUUGAAGUAGUACGACCUAGAAAAGAAACCAUUGAGCCCUUCGUAGCAAAUUUCAUGGAGUCUGAAGUGUUCCCACUGUGGCCCCCAGGUUGGGUUCGAUUACAGACUCUUCUUUCAUAUUCAAAUUCAGAACCAAACGUUAAAAGAAAAGCGAAAAAACCAGCACCCACAGGAAGCAGCGUUGUCUCGUCAUCAGCUAACGCAGGCGUUCCCAAUUGUACUGGAAGGAUAGAUGCGCCGCCUAGUACGAAUAACAUGAACCCCGGACAAGAGAGAGUGAUAACACCGACGAGUUUUUCCAAGACUGUAACGGCUAGUACGACGGCAUCAAACAGUCUAUCGGAGAAUCCAUUAAACUUUACAGUGGCAGCACAGUCGACGAAAACACACGAUAUUAACACGGAGAGGAAACAACAGCCGAGCAAGUACAAGGACAAGAAUAGAGAGAGUCCGAUGAUGAGCAGUUCUCAGUAUGAAAACUCCAUUGUCACUACUACUGGAGGAACAUCACUCUCUAGCCUCGCUAAGAUAUCCGCUGUACCUACGUCGCAACUUAUGCCUCAUAAAACGAAUAAGUCUCAUCUUGAUAAGUUCAAUUUGAUGGAUCUAACAGGUAGUUCACUUUCCAUUACGCCAGUCAAUGAGACUCAGAUCACUCAGAAAAAUAGUAAACCUAAUGACUUGAGAAAAGAUGUGGUUUCCAUAACGGCCUACUCCGACUGUAACCUUGGUAAUGCCUCUAAUGCUGUUAGUAUAUCAGAAACUGUUCAUUCUCAGAGUGGACAUGUAUCUGUCAGUCGGCAACAGCCACAGGACACUGUAUCCUAUUUAACCACUCAAAUGCAACAGCAACCAUCUUCCGUUUCAUCGCAUUCGAAGUCUUUUCCCCUGAAGCACAGGUUCCUUCAGGAGAGUAUAGAAGUGGCGAAGAGCAGUGAGAAAAUUCGGUCGGAUGAAAAGGAUUCUGAGGUUUCUAAAAGUGAGAGAAGAGAGAAAAGACGGGAUAGAGAUCGGGACAGGGACAGGGAUCGGGGUCGGGGGGGCGACGGGAAGCACUCCGGGAAGUCACACGAUGCCAAGAAACGAAAAAAGGAGCAAAGGUUGGACAGUGGAGUAAACGAGGUUCAGCAGACACUAAUCCCCUCGACGAGUGCGACCACAGGGAGCGGAGAUGCACUUGGAUGCAGUGUUGCACAAACACAGGCACAGUCACAGAAGCAGCAACAACAACAACAACCGCAUUCUCAGCCUGCAGCGUCUCUGUCGACAAAGGAACAGGAACAAAGACAAAUAGACGAGACUGUAGCAGCUACGAGUUUCCUGAGUCGAAUAAUAAACGACGAGCCCCAGAGUUCAAGGGUGAUCAGUGAACCACCGCGAAAGGAAGCACCGUCCCUUGCAGAGGAGCCUGCUGGAGGGAACGUAAUACAACCUACGGAACAGGAAAACGAUGUGCAGAUGGUGAUGCGCUCCCUUAAAGAACUCGAGGAGAUGCAGAAUUCACCGAAUCAUUCACCUGGCGGAGGAAUGCAGAAACCAAGCAAGUCGAACGUCCAAUACAUCGGCUACCAGGAAGAUUAUUUGCGACUCUAUCAUAAAAAGGAGGAUAAACUUCGAAUUCCGAAAAAGGAGGAGCCUCACUGGUAAGACGAGACGAGUCAGAGAUGAAGGGAGACAAUACGAGAGUAAAACACAAAAGAUAUAAAAGUAUCUUUUGAUCACUUCCGUAUUUUAGGAUCCCAGGAACAAUAAGUCUGGGAUGUCAGGACAUUAGAUACUUAAGGAAACUGUGUCUCCCAUUAUCAUCGAGUAACGCCUCUUUCUCUCUAGACGGAAGAUUCUAGGCUCCUCUUAUUUUUCCAAGCCGUAAAAGAAAAGAAAAAAAAUCCCAAGUAUUUUGAAAUCGCCAAAAUGUGUACAUACGUCUACUUACCCUAAUAUUUGAGCGUGCGUGUACAGUAAACAUAAAUUAUACGAAUAUGGUAGCUAAAUAGGUUUGUAAAUACUUUAGUAUCGAUCCAUCGACAUGUACAGGGUGUUUCCAGUGGAAUGAAGUGUAAUAACGAAAUGGACUUGAGUAAAAAAAAAGUGAAGUGAAAGUUUCAAAGUGAAUAUUCGAAAGAGUAUAUACAUAUAUGAUAUUUAUAAAUUCCUCAAUUCAUAGAUCAGUCCACAGGAUCACUCUGUACUGCCAGGACGAUUGUCAUGAGUGUGUGAAAAUGACGUUCCUAAGUAGCGUGUUUAGAACGAGCCCUUUGUCGCUCGUUUACGAAGAACGUGAUUCCGUAAUGCCAACGUGGCUUCCUGGAGAUUGUCGUAGGGCGGCCUAACAGCCCAAGAGGCCUCCCGGGCGAAGCACCAAAAGACAGUCAGACAUGAGAGCGUGCUACUGCCAGAUCUUCCUCUCUCUCUUUUUCUCUCUCUGUUUCUAUGAAGAAGAGAGAGGACGAUAGAAUGACGGAGAGAAAGAGAAUUAGAAUAUUUUUCGAACGCAGUGCAGACGAAUAGUAGUGUAAGAUAUGUAGGAGGUAACCGCCGUCGUUGUCGCCACCGUCGCCAUCAUUAUUAUCAUCAUCAUCAUUAACGACAUCACCACCAUCAUCAUUCAUCACAAUUAUCAUUAUCAUUGUCAAUAGCUCCUUUAACAGUAUCACUGGUCAAAAUAACUUUGAAACAGUAAGAUAUAUGACACCUACAUUUAUUUAUUUUUUUUUAAACUGAUCAAUUGAAAUUAUUUAAAUCUCGAACUCUCCAUAUUGUACCGUGAUGCUGUUAAAGGCUGUUAGGACUGUUUGGGCGAGACCUUUAGCCGUGAUUCCAAUACCCAUGCUCCAAGACUUUCGAUUUUAUGAAAUUUCAUUUCUUUUUCAUAACAAAUUAAAACUUUGCGAUAGUUCGUUACGGCUACGAUUAAGCGUCUUGUACAAUUCUGUAUCGAGAGUGUUUUAACUAAGACGACUUAAAAUAUAAGUUUUGAAUAUUUUUUACUACAUA